AUUGAUAAACAAACUCAUUAGAGUGUUUAUAGUGUCCUAUUCCAGGUCUCUUGUUCCAUGAUCCACUCUACUUGUGAAUUGUUACAAUAGCUCUUCAAUUUGAACGAUUCUUGGUGAAACAUGGCCGGUGCCUCAAGAGGGUUGCUUCAAGGUCUGUUUCAAGCCUGGCAAGACAAGCAUUGCUCCGACGUGACCAUUGUGGGUCGGGAUGGGGUCGAAGUACGUGCCCACCGCAUCGUCUUGGCCACGACGAGCCCUAUGCUAGCCCAGGCGUUUCACCUGGAUGUCCUGACGCAUAGCCAUGAGGAUUCGUACAUCCUCUGUCCUGAUCUCUCGUCCCACGACCUCUUGGCGCUCUUGGCGCCCAUGUAUCAAGGAGGAGCGCACCCCGUGGUUCAGGAUGACGCAAUGACCGCUUUAGGGAUCGAACCGUCUGGUUCUCAAGUUGCCACUGAGCCCCUGUCUUUGACCCCAGAGGAUCGUCAUUCGUUGACCAUGGCCGAUCCAAUCACCUCACCUGAACCCGAGAGAGAGGAAGUGGCCAGUCCGUGGCUGAAAUCUCGCUACCGGUUCACUGGAUCAACCGCUCUUUGUCGGAUAUGUGAGAAAGAGUAUCAAUAUCGUGGAAGCAAAUCGGAUGGAAUUCUCAUCCGACAUUCCAAACGCCAACAUCCCGAGGUAGAUGAAGAGUCAGAGGAGCGUCAAGGGGAGUGCAAUGAUCGCCUCUAUCGCCCUGACCGAGAAAGGGAAGAGGACCGCCAUGGUAGUUCAGUUGAGGCGGUUGCUGGGAAGCCUGAAACCAACUCUGAGUCAGACUUUGUCCGCCACUAUUUCGAUAUUCAUGGUACCAAAGCCUCUUGCAAGCAUUGCUCGAGUCGACCUAUUUCAAUCGCCAGUGGCUCCAAGGCCUUGCGUCAUCAUAUUGCCAACAAACAUCCUCAUUUGUUGUCCGAUACGGGUGCGGUCCAAUAUCUGGUUUUAUCGGACCAGCUGAUUCAGUGUCAAACGUGCGGACAGGAACUCGAAGUGCUCGCCGCAGAUCGCGAUCAAGUUUUGCAAAACCAUCAAAAGGAAUGCCUGUCGGCUAGUCAACCAGUCGGCAAAGAAAAUGAAAGUGAUCCGAGCCGAAUUCUGUUGAGCUCAUAUUUUUUGCCUUAUGCUCCGUCCGAGCAGUCUUUGACGUGCUCUGCCUGUCUUAAAGAGUUUGAGACCACUGACAACAUCUACCAGAAACUAGAACGUCAUUUGUGUUGUGCCCACACUGAUUUGUACGACGAGUACGUUCGAAAGCGUGAUAAGCUUACUUCGAUCGAGAAUCAAGCCGUGGCUCAGAUCUUUGACAAGGUCUCGGGAUUCUUUCGCUUGAAAAGCGAUUCAAAUCUUGUCCAAGCUUGUCAAGAGUGUGAUCAAGCCAUCAAGCUCAAGUCCUCGGACGAUAUCCGAAGUCUCGUGAUUCACUUCAAACGUAGACAUCAAGACCUGUUGACAGAGUGGUUGGCCGAAAGCACGUCUUCCCUAGCCGAACUUGAUAAGGCCCUGAGCCAUCGGAAAAGACAGAUUCGGAAGAGGCCCACAGCCAACGAUGAUCCGUUGAAUCGAACGUGUCAACAUUGCUCGAAAGUGUUCAGUCGGACCAUAAACCUACAAUUGCACGUGGCUGCCGUUCACUCGGGCAAUCGGCCUUUCAAAUGCGACACCUGCGACGCCACAUUCACCCGGAAAGAGACAUAUAUGAGACAUGGACAUGUGAAUAAUCGGCCAUUCCUCUGUUCAGUGUGUGGUAACACGUUCGCUCGACGUCACAUUCGUGAUAUUCAUGAGCGUGCACAUUUUGGUGAUAAGCGAUAUGGAUGUGCAUUCUGCAACAAACGAUUCGUGACCAAUCAGAAGAAGACCAAUCAUGAACGAACUCACACCGGCGAGAAGCCCUUUGGAUGCGAUAUCUGCGGCAAGCGCUUCGCUCAAAAACACCAAUUGACGACCCAUUCACGGGUUCAUACAGGGGAACGACCUUUCAAGUGCGAGAAUUGCCAUCGGAUGUUUCGCCAUCUCACCACUCGAGCUCGCCAUAACUGUGUCGGGUUCUUGGAAAAUGCACAGGAAUUUGUUCUUCGAGGGAAUAAGAGCUCGGAAGGGAUUCAAACGAUCGAGAUUUUCCCGGGAGACGGAGUCAACGAGAGUGACCAAGUCAUUGUCCGGACUGAUGCCCUGGAAUCGAUGUGAAAUCAUUGUAGCAAGGCAAAGAAUGAAUUUAAUUUUAUUAUGAAAGAGUAAUAAAACAGCGCAAUAAUCAAUACAAAUUGCCAAUAUAUUGGAGCCGCAAUUGA